AUGGAACGCAGUGAGUCUGCAUUCUUUUCCCAGUUUUCAAACAAUCAAAUUCAAAAGGUUAGAGAUGCGUUUCAAUUCAUAGACGAAGGUGGUGACGGGAAGAUCUCCAAGUCCGAUUUGAUUAAAACGUAUGCGAAUCUGGGGAAAAACAACAUGGAAUCACAAGUUGAUGAGAUGUUGGCAGCUGAAAACGCAGAGGAAUUGACUUUUCCUGAAUUCUUGACCAUAAUUGGUGGUAGGCUAAGUGAAUUACUCGAUGAGCAAGAAUUGUCAGACGCGCUGCGUGCAUUUGAACAUGAGCCCAGCCACGAGUUAAACGUUGAUGUGAGUGAGAUGAAAGAAUAUCUGAAAGACGCAGGAUUUGAUAAUGCAGAACUCCUCGAAGCAAUUCUGAAGCAGUACUCCGUGACACAGUUAUCGGGGGAACGCAUCUUCAAAGGCAGAAAGUUUUUGAAUACUGUGGAGUGA